UUAUUUGUUUUAAUAAUUGUGAAUCUGCGUAAUCCGUAAUCUGCGACUUUUUUUCAGCAAAGACAGAGUUGGACAGAAUAUGACACUAACAGACAUAAAUGGCUACGUUUAUUUUAAUUGGCUCCAUUAUUACACUUUUCUGUAUUUCUGCAAACAAGUCGAAUUAAAGUAGCCUCUGAUUUUAAAGUCAUACACGCAUUUAUUGGAUUCACAUUCAAAAUCACUUAAAAAUAUUGUAAAAUGUACAGAAAACACAUUUCAGCUUGACAAAAUAAUCACAACUUUUUUUUUUUAAAUCAGGCAUUAAACUGCACUUCAUGACAUUUUUUGUGUCACGGAUAUUUUAGCCUUUUUUUUGGUAUGUUUACAUUUUUUCAGCAACUGGUUGCACUUUAUAUUCUGUUCCUUUUUACUUACAGCACUUUAAUCCUGUUCACUUAUGACUGUAAUUACUGGACAGUAGAGCAAAGCUUUAUCUACACUUUAUAGCUCAUAAAACUCCCGAGCUUUAAAAAGACAAGCUGAACAGUGCUCUAGAAGCAAGAAGGUUUAGAAGAGAAGACUGCACUAAAAGCGAAGCAGCAAUGGCUCAAAACGUUGAAGCAAAAGUAGUGAUAGUAGGCAGUGGGAUAUCAGGAAUAGCUGCGGCACACAAGCUUGUUAAAGCUGGAUUUCAGAAUGUGAGGAUACUGGAAGCGACUUCAAGAAGUGGAGGACGAAUUAAAACAGACAAACUGGGCAAUACUAUGAUAGAGAUAGGUGCAGCUUUUAUCCACGGUCCAUCUCAGAAGAACCCUGUGUUUUGUUUGGCCCGUGACUUUAACCUCUUGGAUCCUAAAGCCCUGACCCCUGAGAACCAGGCUGCACAAGUUGAUGAAUACCCUCCUCAGGUUCCRAACUGGUUCAGUAGUUCAGGUGAGAAGCUGGAUCCUGAGCGUAUGGAACCUGCUAUGGUGUUGUUUCAUGAGCUCAUAGAUAACACUCCCCAGUCGAAAGUUUACAAAAAACGAUCCUGGCACAGUGUUGGUGAUUUCAUAAGAUCAGAGAUACGAAGGCGAGCAGCAAAGAGGUGGAAAGGUAAAGAUAAGAACACCAGACGGCUGUUGCUGGGGGCCGUUAACACCAUGCUGAAGGAGGAGUGCUGUGCAAGUGCAACACCUUCAAUGGAUGCAUUAGACUUGGGUGGAUUUUCUCUGUACCAGCAUAUAAAAGGGAUAGACUGCACCUUCCCAAGUGGUUUUGAGGGUUUAAUCGACAACUUGAUGUCAGAGCUCCCCGCUGAUAUUGUGACCUACAAUCGUCCUGUGCYCUGUGUUCACUGGAACAACAGCGAAAGCGGAGUUAAUCCUGUGACCGUUCUUUGUGACGAUGGGGAGAAGAUUCCUGCUGAUCAUGUUAUUGUCACCGUGUCUUUAGGUUACCUGAAGAAGCACCACUCAACCCUAUUCUCGCCUCCUCUUCCACCUCAGAAGUUGCAGUCCAUUGACAAACUGGGCUUUGGGACAUGUGAUAAAAUCCAUGUUGAGUUUGAGUCUCCAUGGUGGGAUGCUGACUGCGAGAUCAUCUAUCUGGUGUGGGAUGAUGAGGAGAAUAUUUCAGACCAGGUGUCGGAUUUAAGCAAAGACUGGAUAAGGAAGAUCUCCUCAUUCAGUGUGCUCCAACCCUCUGAAAGUGGCAGUCAUGUUCUCUGUGGCUGGAUUUCGGGCUAUGAGGCAGAGUAUAUGGAGAAACUUCCUGAGGAGGAAAUCAGGCGUUCUAUCACGGAGCUCGUCCACGUCUUUACAGGAGACCGCACCAUCACGCCAAAGAGAAUCGUGUGUACCAAGUGGUUUCACGAUCCCUGGACCUUAGGAUCCUACAGUCACCUAACUGUGGGCUGUUCUGCGCAGAACAUCAGGAACAUGGUGGAACCGCUGCCCAAGAGACGAGAGAAGACACAGCCCCUGCAGGUGCUGUUUGCUGGGGAAGCAACUCAUUCCUUCUACUUCUCCACAGUCCAUGGAGCGCUUCUGACUGGGUGGAGAGAAGCUGACAGACUCAUCUCACACUAUUCUUCUAGCAGCUCCCACUCCUGAAGCCACAAAGUUAAAUGUUAAAUACCUGCUCAACUAAUUAGAUUUGUUUAAUUGCUAUUUUAAAUGAGGCYUUACUGGAGAGUCGUCUGUUUUUUGUUUACCAAUGGAGUGUCUAGCUUUUUUUCCUUCUAUCACCCACCUUUACUGUAAUAAAUAUAGGGUUCUGUAAAUAGUUCAAUAAAAACAUGCAGGUCAUGGUAGUUUCUUUAGAAAAUAGUCAGCAGGCAGAGGCAAAGUUCAAAACAGGCAAUAUUUUCCCUGCCUUUUUUUCCCCAUUGUUUUCCCCUCAGCAGGUGGGAACCUUAGGAAAUUGACAGCAGGAACAUCUUUACAUGUUUAACUGUACAAAGUGCUAAAAGCAACAGGAAAAUGGAGCUCAUCAACAUUUUUUUUGCAUUUUGUAGACACUAAAGCUUAAGCCGCUAUUGUUUGAUGUGGCAAAUCAACUUGUGAGAAAUGAACUUUGAACUAGACCCUACUCUGAUUUUAAUGGGCACAAAAAAUAGUGAUCAAUAAAUCAAAUGUUUUUAUAAUCCUUUUUUAACCACCAAUUAAACACCUACAGUGCAUAUUCAAGAUUGAUCCUAGCUGGAUUUGAAACAAAUAAUAUAUCUUUUUUUCAGAUUUAUUCAAACAAACUUUGCUAGUCAGUCAGAUUAGGUGUUUUCCACAAUUUAGAGAGUAAAGACUGUACUUUUUAUAGAUGUACGUGAAAAAAUGGAAAUGGAAAACCUCUAAGGAUAAAAAUGUAAUUUGCUUGAUAUAAAAUUUGAGAAAGAAAAAUGAAUGCAUAAAAUCAGGCAGAAAUCAAUAAACUUGCUAAUCCUUA